UGUAUGUGUCUCUUUCCUCUCAAAGGACAUUCCCUUCACUGCUCCUACAGGAAGACAGUGUCCUGAGGGCAUUUGGAUCUCGGUUGGUGUCCAAGGUGGAUCUGAGAGUCUUUUUCCUUCUGUCAUCUACUGCUGCGCUCUCAGUCCGCGCUCCACGCGCGUUCAUAUGGCCACAUAUUAGUUUAUUUUAACGCUUUAAGUGUAUUAUUUAGGUGCAGGGCUCUUUCAGAACAGCAUGGAUAUGUUAUUUCACUCUUUAAUCAUUCUAAUUCAUGGAAUUUAUGCAGCAUCCCGUUCUGGAAAAAACCUGAUGCCGCACAUGCCAAAUGUGUGUGCUGAGCAGGAGGUGAAGCUUGUGGCCCAGAUGCAGCCGUGCGUCCAGGCCUUCACGCGGAUGGUUAAAUCCUGGAAACAGGGAUGCCAGGGACAGUCGUGGUGCAUGGGCUAUGAGAGGAGAACAGCUUACUAUACAGCAUACAGACAGGUGUAUCGACAGGAGCACCAGACGGUUUACAAGUGCUGCCCAGGAUGGUCACAGCUCAACGGGGAGGCCGGAUGCCUAUAUCCUGUGUGCAGUUACGGCGUGUGCUUUAAUGGAGGUCAGUGCAGAGAAGGUUCUGCUCAACUCUGCCACUGUUCGGCCGGAUUCAGCGGUCCGAGCUGCCAGUACGAUGUGAACGAGUGUGAAGAGACUAAUGGAGGUUGUGAAGCUCUUUGCUGUAACACCAUCGGCAGUUUCUACUGCAAGUGUCCCGCAGGUCAAGAGCUCAAAGAGGAUGGCAAGACCUGCCAGGAUAUUGAUGAAUGUCAGGUUCAUAACGGCGGCUGCCAGCACAAGUGUGUGAACACCAGGGGUUCGUAUCACUGCCAGUGUAACGCUGGAUCUCGACUGCACGUGGACGGACGCACAUGCAUCGCCAUCCACUCCUGUAGCUUUGGGAACGGUGGCUGCGAGCAUUUCUGCGUCCAGCAGACGGCGGGUCAUUUCCAGUGCCGCUGUCGACCCGGUUACAGACUCGACGUAGAUGGGAAACAUUGCAAAUCGGAGAAUCCGUGUGCGGAGCAAAACGGAGGUUGUUCCCAGGAAUGCCACAGGGAUGGAGAUCAGGCCCGCUGUGGAUGUCGACCAGGUUAUCAGAUGGCUGAAGAUGGCAAGACCUGUGAAGAUAUUGACGAGUGUCAGACAGGCCAGGCAGACUGCGCUCACGGUUGUCGUAACACCAGGGGAUCUUUCAUGUGUGUGUGUCCCACUGCCUAUGAACUGGGCGUUGAUGGCAAGCAGUGCUAUCGCAUCGAGAUGGAGAUUGUAAACAGCUGUGAUCAUAAUAACGGCGGUUGUUCUCAUCACUGCGAACAUUCAACCAGUGGACCUGUGUGCAGCUGUAACCAAGGAUACCAGCUGGACGUCGACCACAAGACCUGCAUCGAUAUAAAUGAGUGUGUAGAGGGCAGCUCGUGUUGUGAGCACGACUGCACAAACUAUCCUGGAGGUUACGAGUGUUACUGUACAGCUGGAUAUCGACUGAACGCUGAUGGAUGCAGCUGUGAUGAUAUAGACGAGUGUUUGGCUGCAAACGGAGGAUGUGAUCACAUGUGUCAGAACAGCGCCGGCUCCUUCCAGUGCUACUGUAGACGUGGGUAUCGUCUCGAUGAGGACAGACACUCAUGUAUAUUGCUGGAGGAGUCAGUAGAGGCUUUGAGCAGUGGUCAGAUGGUGGACAGACCCCGACCUCAGCUCACUAUUCUGCAGGACUAUGAGCAGAUCCUGGAGCGAUUUGACGACUAUGAGGAUGACACAGGAGAACUGCGCGCUGAGAGCACCUUAACUGAGAAAUUCAUAUGUUUGAACAGUUCGUUCGGCUCCGACUGCAAUCUGUCGUGUGAGGACUGUGCUAAUGGAGGAGUGUGUAACAAACACAGAAACGGCUGUGACUGUCCUGACGGAUGGACGGGAAUCAUGUGUAAUGAGACGUGUCCAGUGGGCUGGUUCGGCAGGAACUGCUUGUUGAGAUGUAAGUGUAAGAACGGCGGCGUGUGUGAUCCGCUCACCGGGAGCUGCCGCUGUCCACCAGGGGUCAGUGGAGAGCUGUGUCAGGACGGUUGUCCCAAGGGUCUCUAUGGGAAGAUCUGUAAUAAGAAGUGUAAUUGUGCUAAUAACGGACGGUGUCAUCGCACUUAUGGGGCGUGUCUGUGUGACCCAGGACUGUAUGGAAGGUUCUGCCACCUGCCAUGUCCUAAGUGGACGUUUGGCCCGGGCUGUUCUGAGGAGUGUCAGUGUGUUCAGCAGAAUACCAUAGAGUGUCACCGUCAUCAUGGCACCUGCGUCUGCAAGCCUGGUUAUCGGGGCGACACCUGCAAAGACGAGUGUGAAUCAGGCUUCUUUGGCUCUGGGUGUGAUAAUAAAUGCUCCUGUCCGGCUGGAGUGACCUGUGAUCAUGUGACCGGAGCGUGUCAACCACAGUGUCCAGCUGGAAAGACAGGAGACAAGUGUGACCAAGAUUGCGUUGAUGGAAGGUUUGGGAUUGGCUGCUCUCAGUCAUGUGACUGCUCAGGGGCACCAUGUGACAGGAUCACUGGCCAAUGCCUGUGUCCCGCUGGAACGUUUGGAAAACAUUGUGAAAAAGAGUGUGCAGAGGGUCGCUGGGGUGCUGGAUGUCAGGAAUGGUGUCCGGCGUGUGAGAACAGAGGCCGCUGUGACCCUCAUGACGGCACAUGUGUCUGCGCUCCUGGAUUCAUCGGCAGAUUGUGCCAGAACAUGUGUCCCUCGGGACGCUUCGGUGUGGGCUGUCAGCUCAGAUGUGCCUGUGAUAAUGGAGGACGCUGCCAUCAUGUAACCGGACGCUGCUCAUGUCCUCCAGGCUGGACGGGCCACAACUGCAGGAAAGCCUGUGACACGGGCCGCUGGGGUCUGGACUGUGUGAGUGUCUGUGACUGUGGAAAUGGUGACGGAGGGUGUGACGCUCAGACGGGACGCUGUCAUUGUGAGGCGGGCUUCACUGGACCACGAUGUGACCAGAGAUGCCCUGCUGGUUCAUUCGGCCCAGGCUGUAAGCAUCGCUGCCAGUGUGAAAACCAGGCAUCAUGUGACCAUGUGGGCGGAGCUUGCACCUGUAAGAUUGGCUGGACCGGAACGUUCUGUGAAAAAGCCUGUCCGCAGGGUUUCUACGGUCUGGACUGUCAGCAGAGGUGUGUGUGUUUGAACGGAGGGCUCUGUGAUCAUGUCAGCGGUGAAUGUGCCUGUCGUCCCGGCUGGAUCGGCCCACAUUGUAACCAAACAUGUCCUGCUGGCCUGUACAGAGAGAGCUGUUCUCAGACGUGUGUUUGUCACAAUAACAGCAGCUGUGACGCUGUGAGCGGUCAGUGUGAGUGCAGCGCAGGGUGGACAGGAGACACCUGCUCACAACGUUGUUCUCCGGGUUUCUUCGGGACGGGCUGUGCUCAGAGGUGUGUGUGUCAGAGCGGGGGUUCCUGUGACCCUGAGAGCGGUCGCUGCUUCUGUCCCAGCGGAUGGACGGGUUCAGCCUGUGAACUGGAGUGUCCAGCGGAUCGCUUCGGCUCAGACUGUCAGGACAGAUGUGAGUGUCUGAACGGUGCUCAGUGUGACACACAGACGGGUCGCUGUGUUUGUAAGCCGGGCUGGACGGGACAGCGCUGUGAGAACGAGUGUGUUCCCGGGCGGUUUGGACUCGGCUGUGAGGGCCGGUGUGAGUGUGAUCACGCUGCUCCCUGUCAUCAUGUGAGCGGACAGUGUCUCUGUCCUGCAGGAUGGAGAGGAAGACGCUGUGAGAAAGCUUGUCUGCCGGGCUCAUACGGUCAGGACUGUGUCCAGCGCUGCUCCUGCCCGCCGGGGACAUCAUGCCAUCACGUGACGGGACGCUGCGGCUGCCCUCCCGGAUACACGGGCAACGGCUGCGAGCAGAUCUGUCUGCCCGGCACCUUCGGCAUCGACUGUAAUCAGCUGUGUCAGUGUUCAGAGAGAAACCAGCUGUGCCACCCGGUGUCUGGAGUGUGUUACUGCGCGCCUGGAUUCACAGGACCCAAGUGUGAACAGGCGUGUGCCGAGGGUUUCUACGGUCCCGGCUGCGAGCGUCGCUGUGAGUGUGUGAACGGAGGCGUUUGUCUUCCAGUCUCGGGCGCCUGUGAGUGUCCGGCCGGGUUCAUCGGGGCCCGCUGUCAUCUCACGUGUCCGGCGGGACGCUACGGGCCGGACUGUGGCCGCGUGGCCGUCUGUGGGAAGGGGGCGAGGAAUGACCCGGUCACCGGCGUGUGUGUGGGAGAGGAAGUGUGUCCCGCGGGCCACUUCGGACCGGGCUGCUCUCAGCGCUGUGACUGCAGUAACAGAGGCCUGUGUGACGCCGGCUCUGGAAACUGUUCAUGUGGCCUCGGCUGGACCGGCUCGCGCUGUGAGAGAGAGUGUGCCGAGGGUCUCUUCGGUCCUGACUGUGCUCUGCAGUGUUGGUGUCAGAAUAACAGCACAUGUGACCGCGUGACAGGAAGCUGCCGGUGUCAGCCGGGAUAUUACGGUCAUCUCUGUCAACACGCGUGUCCCGCCGGUCUGUUCGGCUCUGGCUGUCAGCAGCUCUGUGACUGUGUGAACGGGGCUUCAUGUGACCCCAGAACCGGACAGUGUCUCUGUCCCGCUGGAUUCCACGGCUCUCGCUGUGAAAGAGGAUGUGAGCAGGGCAGGUUCGGUGUGAACUGCUCUCGGUCAUGUGACUGUGCGGAGGACACCGCGUGUGACCCGGUGAGCGGCAGGUGUAUCUGUGCCUCAGGAAAGACGGGCGUCCGGUGUGACAGCGACUGCAGUGUGAUGCGGUUCGGACCUGACUGUGCGCUCCGCUGCGACUGUGAGAACGGCUCCCUGUGCGACCGCAGGAACGGACGAUGCCUGUGUCUGAGCGGAUGGAUCGGCCUCACAUGCUCACAACGCGUCCCUCGCGAGGUCUAGAGGAGAAUCAGUCCCAGCGGGACACAAACACACAGAUGCACUUUACUCCUCACAGCUCAGACUCCAUCCUUCACCACGCUUUCAGGGGAUUUUCAUGUUGUCUGUGUUUCAGUACUAUUGCCAGAUUCACUUUUGACUCGACAAGAAAAAAAAGUGCCUUUGGAUUUCCUAACACUCUUUGUUUAUGCUGCUGGAUUGUAUUUUAUAAGUCCCAGGUGUUUACUAAUGUCACAGAAUCAGUAGCUGAACACGAGCUGUAUUCGUUUUACCUCUGACAGACUGUAACGUUUGAUAAAGAAACAUCUGUGUUAUAUGAAAUGACAUGAAAUGAUGUUUCGCAGUAGGUGCUAUGAUGGCCUUUUAUUAAAGGAGGGCCUGUAUAUGUUAAUAUUAGAAGAAAACAAUUUUUCAUGAUUUGGUCGUUUUGCAUAAAGUUUGAAUUUAUUUAUGUUUUGUAAAAUAUGCAAUUGUAAAUGUUUUGCAAACUCUUUAAUAUGUGAACCUGUCGGAAAAAAGUUUUUACUUGUGCCACCCUGGAAUAAUAAUUGUUUUUUUAAAGCAUGUGUGAAAUAUUUCAAACAGCAGCUGUGCACUAUAUUUUUAAUUCGGCAAAAGGUGUCUUUUUUUUUUUUUUUUUAAUCCAGAGGCUGUAUUUGUAAAACAUUCUUUAGAAUAAACGUCAACUGUUAUUUUGUUAGUUUAUCAUCUUAUUUUCUUAAGAUAAAAUAAUAGCAAAAUGUAUAUAAGUAAUAAUAACAAUCACUACAUUAUGAAUAGUUUAUUGCUAUUGUUUGUAAUCAUGAAUAAAUAAAGCGUAGUCUGAUUAUAUGAGUAUUUUAAAAUGUAACAUAAAUAUGAGUGUUUAGUUUUGGAAUCUGAUGAUAUAAUCCAGAUCACAUGUAAAAAUGUUAAUACCAGCACAGAAAACCAAAA